AUGCCCCCGGAGACAGCAGCUUCCUCCCCCGGCAAGGCGCGGGAGCUCGGGGGCUCAGCGGGGCGGGAAGUAGAUGCCCGGCCCGCCUACGAGGAAGGCGGCCGAGACGGAGGCCGGGCCGGGGGCGGUGGUGACGGUGGUGGCGUGCUCUUCUCCCCCUCCCUACGCCUAGUCCCUGGGCUCGCGGCCACUUACCCGGGCAGCGGCGGCGGCGACAGCGGCGGCGUCAGGCCCAGGCUCGGCCGCUCACUAAGUCCCCAGCGCCGGCAGCGGGAGCCACAACAUGGCGACGGCGGUGGCGGGCGGGGCUGCGGCUCCGGGGGCGGAGCGGGGGCGGGAGCCGGACGGGCGGCGGGCCCUGGCUGGGGCGGCCCGGCGGGGAGGGACGUCGAGCGGGAGGAGGGAAGCGAAAGGACAGCAGGGAAGCAGGCCGGCUGGCGGGCGGGCCGCCCACUCCCAACCAGGGUGCCCGGCCGCCCAGCAUCUGCUUGGCCGCGUAAGGGCCGCCCCGGGCCUAGGCCCCGGCCUCCCCAUGCCGCGGCCCGACCCGGCCCUGCCCGCUGGGGCCCGGCUCGGAGGCCGCGCUACACCCCGCCGCCGCCGCCGCCGCCGGGGACGCUGGGGAGCCAGGCCCGGCUGCGCACACUCCGACGGCCGCGCGCACUGCCUCCCCGGGCCGCGAGCCAGCCCCCCGCCCCUCCGGACACGGACCCAGGCACUGGCGUACACGCGCAUAGGCGCGCCCCCCGGGACCCUGCUGAGGCACCAACCUGUUGCUCCUUGGAAGGCAGCCGUCGCUGA